AUGCUUGGGGACUACCUGCCUCACGGCGGCCCAGUGGGUGUGGGCAUGGGCAUGGGCAUGGUGCAGCCCAGCUACAGCAGCGGCCCCCAGCUGCCCCCACACUCUGCCCAGCUGCGCCACCACGGCCCUCCUAUGCACUCCUACAUUCCUGGACCCCCCCACCACAACCACCACCAUCCCUACCACCACCACCACCACCCAGCGAUGUUGAUGCACGGAGGACCCCCGCAACCACCGCAACAGCUACACCAACUAACACCAACACCACCACCACCACCGCCGCCGCCGCCCCGACAGCACCCUACGCCCAACGUCAUGCCUAUGUCUGCAGCACCCAGCCCCCCCGCCAUGCCCCACCACCACCACCACCCUGGCGACCCUACUACCACCAUGGGGGCACCGGUCAUGGACAUCCAUGCCCACUAG